AUGGCCACCACUGCAGAAAUUCAUGCUAUUCGCCCAUCUAUCCCGGAUGACAAGCUUGUUCUUUAUGUGAAGAAAGCCAGUCCGACAUCCACUGCCAACUCCGUUAAGCCACUGAUGCUGAUCGAGGCCCUCAACAUUCCCCACCACAUCCAUCUCAUCGAAUCAACGAGCAACGAAACAUGGUUCCAUGCAGUGAAUCCCUACAAGAUGGUUCCCGCGAUAGAAGACGUCGAAAUCUAUGAUUCCAACGGCGAACCUCAAAGACUGAACAUCUUUGACAGUUCAGCUUGCUUGACAUACCUCGCUGAGAAAUACGACACCGAUGGUAUUUAUCGUGGGAAGAAUCUAUGUGAAAGAACUAUCAUCAUGAACUGGUUAAUGUCAUACACGGCUGGGCUCGGUGCUACGGGUAAGAUCUGGCUGCUCAUGAAAUCCCCCAAGCCAGUACCAAUGGGAGAGUCGCUCUCUAUCCUGCUGAAAUACAUUCGCAACGAAUACGACUUCCUGGAGACUCGAUUGAGUAAGCCUGGUCAACUUUAUAUCGCACUUGCAGACAGACCUACUAUCGCAGACUUUGCUAUUCUCCCCUUGGCAAAUGAGACAAUUGCUACAUCCGCGGAACUUGAUUUCAAUGACUGGCCGAGACUGAUGGCCUGGAGUGAACAAAUGAGCUCAUUCAAGCCUGUUGCGAGAGCAUUGCACAGGGUUUCGCGGUUUGGACUUUCAGAGGAGGAACUUGCUCAGCUGGAUGGCAAAGAAUAA